AUGGAGGACGUCGUGCCCCAAGACAUGAACCUCUUUCGCGCGCCCGCCGCGGCCAGGGCUGCCAAAACCCUGGACAGGGCCCUCUUUGCCCGCACAAUACCGUCGGCCGCCGUCUCGGUGCGCGAGAACAAGCUGCUCUCCAAAUAUAGAAAGGAACUGGAACUCACAAAGGAGAUGUUUGUGCUGCAAAACUUCCAGCAGGUGGCCCCGGACCCGGAUCCUGCGCUGGCUGCCAGAGGCAACAAAUGCCUAGUCCUCAAAACGCAUAUCAAGCCCCAGGAACCGUCGACUUGGAGCCGAGAGCUCCAGGAGGCUUCCAAGAGGGGAGAUCUCAAAGUGAUUCCCUUUGAUAUCAAUAUCGACUACAGCCUGUGGAGUUAUGUGGACGUUAUGAGAAGCAUCCUCCCCGAGGAGCUGCAAAACGAAAUACCUAGCGGCUUUAACACAGCCGGCCAUGUUGCUCAUCUCAAUCUCCGCGACCAAUACCUACCCUACAAGCACAUUAUUGCCCAAGUCAUCAUCGACAAGAACCCCGGCAUCAAGACUGUCAUCAACAAGGUCGACAAUGUCGGCACCGCGAGCGAGUUCCGCACCUUUGCCUACGAAGUGCUCGCCGGGCCCGACGACCUCCUGGUCGACGUCAGCGAGGCCGGCUGCCACUUCCGCUUCGACUACGCCAAGGUCUACUGGAACAGCAAGCUCGGGACCGAGCACCAGCGCGUCACCGCCCUCUUCCGGCCCGGCGAGGUCGUCGCCGACGUCAUGGCCGGCAUCGGCCCCUUUGCCGUGCCCGCCGGCAAGAAGCACGUCUUUGUCUGGGCCAACGACAAGAACCCGGAGAGCUACCGGUGUCUCGCCGACAGCAUCCAGCGCAACAAGGUCGGUGCCUUUGUGCGCGCCUUCAACGACGACGGCCACAGCUUCAUCCGCCGCGCGUGCGACGAGGUCCUUGCCGCCUCGCGCCGCGGUGAGGCCGCGGCCGACGAUGCCACGCCGCUAGACGACAUUUGUGACCGUAUCGAGAGGGAGAUUGGCGUCCGGCUGGUGCCGGGCGACGCCGAGGUCGACGGCCAGGUCUCAAUUCACGAGGUGCGCGACGUGGCCCCGGCGAAGCGCAUGUUUUGCGCCAGCUUCCGCGUCCCGCCGUCGGUGGCCUUUGCCCCUCGCUCUUGA